AGUAAUACAGUUCGACAACCCUCUACAUCAUCACACAGUCGCUACGCGACAUCGAUCUAUACCCUCAGCGCCUCUGUUUCUCUUUUACCAGAGGGGCUGCGUCGUGUGAGUGGUGAGUUGAGUGUCCCCGUGGUUGACAGGGGAAGUAAAAGGAAAUAGUGGGGGUAGCGCGGCGGCUCACAAUUCUUUUUCCUUUUCCGCGUCUAUAAACCGGUAGUACCACGCUGAAAAAGAUCAUCGUUGUGGCGGCGGAGUUGCCUGUCUUGCGUCACUGCGAAUACUGAGCAUCUUCUGAAGAAGCAGAGAGAAGUGUCACGUCGUGUUCUGUUGUUGUUUGGUUGGGCAUCCGAAGUGCAUUUAUACACAUACAUACCUACACGCUGUGGAGCAGAGAGCGUGCACGCUCUUGUUAUACGAAACUGUGCGUGUGGAAGGCAACCGCUGCAGUUGCUGUCGAAGAAAGGUAUUGGCCGUUCUUCUCCCUCAGUUUCUACUUCGUUUUAUAGCUUUGCUUUUCAUCCUUUGUGUCUCGCUAAAAUACCACCAAUCCAUCACAGCCACAGCUUCCCGGUCCGAUAAAGAUUAUUACUCCUCCCUUUUACUGUCAUUUUUUCUACUGAAUUUGUAUCCUCUUUUUUACUCUUUUAUUUGCGUUCUGCGUCUCUCUCUCUUGCUUGUGUUGCUUCUGCCGUACCCUUUCACGCCACAAAAUUCGAUUUCUGCUGUUUUGACUAGCUCUGCUUUUCUUUUGUCUUUUGAAGCUCUCUUUCUCUCUUGUCGUGUGCGAUUUUAUCACUCCCAAGUACCCAGCAUUUUUUCUGCCUUUCUUUUUCGUUUCAGGUGGCAUUGCGCUGUCGUCACCGUGUUUGACUGCGCCAACGUUGUUCCCAACGCCUUCAAAGCCUACUCGCUUUAUCUCUCGUCUUUUUCUUUGUGUUGUUGCUGGUGUGGAUCCCGCGCACCACCCCUAUUCUCGUUUCUUUUCGGCGCGUCACUUUAGGGUCCCACGGUGAUCUUUUUCUCGUGGAACGGAAGCGUGCGAGAACCGGCUCGUCUCACGUGCACCACCACGCACGCUCCGCGCAGGCGAGGCACGGCGAGAGAAAGGUGGAAACCAAUAAUCCCUGGUGCUUUAUUCAUUGAGAGCUCGUUUUCGGUGUCCCAUACGUUUUGAUAUUCGGUUAUAUUGUCUCGAGACAAAAAAAAAACCACGAACGAAAGAUGAGCGAUAUUACCGUGCAGCUCAUCUUCGCCUUCGUCGGCACACGGGUGCCGUACCACCUGUGCGAGCCGGUCACGGCCGCCGCGGCGGUGACCGGCUCGCCCCUGCGCUCCCCCUUUGGGAACGCCACAACAUCCUCCACGUCCUUCAACGCCACCGCACAGUCGUCGCUGCGGGUGCAGUCCGUCAACUCCUCACCCAACUUAGUCCCGUCCGCCCCAAGGACUCACUUCACCGCACAGCAACUGUUGACGCGCCUCGCCGCGAUUGCAAAGCCGCUGCCACACGCCACGCCGCAGCCAGCGGCAGACGACGCGUCCGCCCAGCCUUCAUGUGAAGAGUCCAUCACUCCACCAUCUUCGGCGGUCACGCACAAGGCCCCCUUGCUGGAGCUCUUCGACUACACAACAAUGUCCCCGCUCGAUGGCGCUGCCGUGUUGCUGGACGAAGAUGUACUGCUUGUGUUGUGUGACGCGGACACCUCUGUGGUGCUCGUGGAGGCGCUGCAGCUGGAGUGGCUCGAGGCCUACUCGGGGACGCACCGACCACACCAGUUGACCCGGCCGCUGACGCCUUUCACACCAACCAGCGCAACGGAGAUGGCGGUGUGCACGACGGAGGAGAGACUGCGCAACGUGGCGCACGCUCGCCUGGCACUGUGCAAGCCAUUACCGCUACACAGGCAACUGCUAGAGAGAGAGUUCGCUGAGUGCAUGACGGCGCUGGCAAACCAGAGGAAACACCUUCAGCAGCUAAAGUCGUCCUCUGACAGCUUUCCUUCGUUGAACACAACGACAGUUGCUGCAGCUGGAGGAGCAGUGGAGAGCACUGUGCUCAGCGCCUCCACGUCGGGCAUGGCGGAGCGAUUUCCACUGCUCACGGAGCUGGAGCCGUCAUUGACCUCGCUGCUCGCGUCGGACGGCGACGGUGCACACGGCGUCAGCAUCGAUAACUCACCGCUCAUGUGCGAUACCCAGCUUGCCGCCAAGGAAACACUUCUGAUCCGCAUUGCCAAACAACUCACCAAGCUGCUUCAGCUCGUAGCGGAGGAGGAAGACCACGAAAACAGCUUCGCCGCCGGCGAGCACACUCAGGCGCUUCAAGCGUUUUUGGCAAGCGCGGAGCAGGACAGGGACACCGCCGAGGCCAUUGUGAAGACGUACCAGGCAGAGAUGACGCGGCAGCUGAAGUGUGUGCGGUUUCUCGUGGCACACGUGACGCACCUCCGCAACAUCGUGAAAAACACCCGGCGAGAAAUUGGCGCGAUCGAAUUGGUGUUAAAUCGCCUCUCGAUGAUCCUCGAACGGCCUCGGCUAUUGGAGCAGGCCGAAGCGUUGCUGCGCCGCCGUGUCAUUCUACGCCGCGCCGCACGACGCCAGCUGCUCCUUCUCCAAGAGACCGAGUACGGUGACCUGCAACGCGACUUAAACGAGUUCUCUCAUCUUCGUGAGGUGCAGAAGGUCCUGCCGCCCAAGGUGCGCUGGUACUUGCGUGCCCCCCUGCCGAGCCUACAUCCCGUCGAGGACGUGGUGGCGACGCUGCUCGAUCACGCCCUCAUCGACCGCGACGUCGACGAGGCGCAGGAGUUGGUCGAGCGCACACGUUUUGCUCCCCCGCUCGCACCGUCGUCGACGAACGCGGGGCAGACGCCACAGCAGAUCAACGAUGCACUGCUGCCAGUGGAGCGGUUGCUGCGACGCGCGGAAAAGGCGGAGGCGGAGGCAGCCGCGUAUAAGACUCGCGUCGCAGAGCUGGAACUGAGAGUGAAGGAGUACGAGUCUGUCAAGGACGCCUCGUCCAAGUCCAUGGACACCGCCGAGACGGAAGCGCUUCCCGACGACGCGGCGGAAGAGGCGGCUUCAAAGUGAAAAGGACCAUGGGCAACACUUUGGAGCUGAAAUCUUCUUCGCAGCUGUUGCUUCGAUGGACACGACUUGACAGACAGACACACACGCACACACACACACAACUUGCACACAAUCGAUUUGCCGGCGCAGCUCUUUUUCCUCGUUUCUCACCUUUAUUGAUAUUCAUCACAUUCAGUUGUUUUUUGUACGCUUAAAACGCUUCUUUUUUCUCUUUCAGUUUCUCUUUCUUCUGUUCCACCUUGUGCUUGUUGUGGGCUACAGGCCCCAAACCUUCUUGCGCCACGUCAAAUGUGUGCUUUGUGUUGACCUUUCAGCGCAAAAAAUGCAUAUAUACU